AUGAGGUCCUUAGCCACUCGGAGGAAGAUUGAAGCAGGCAAUAAAUACUGGGUUGCUGAGGUGGGUGAGAUACUGUCCAGAUACCCCAGGGAUAUCUACAGCUCCUUUGGCUUCCCUGGAAGGGUAAGGAACAUCGACACUGCCAUUCAUGAGGAGGAAACUGCAAAGAUGUACUUCUUUGUCCCCAGUGAGUAUUGGAGGUAUGAUGAAAACACACAGUCCAUGGAUGCAGGUUAUCCCAAAGAGAUAAUUCAUGACUUCUCUGGAAUUGGCAAAAAAGUUGAUGCUCUUUUCCAAGAUAGAGGAUUUUUCUAUUUCUUUCAUGGAAAAGGGCAGUACAAAUCUGAUCCUAAAACUAAGCAAAUUUUGGCCUCCUGA